GCGGGACUUCCUCUACCAUCCUCGGGUGGACAUUUUGUUUGCUUUUCCAUUAAUCCACUGGUUUAGUCUCCGGAACGCAAUGUCAGACCUGAGGUGACAGAAAAGGGAAAACGUGAGAGAGUGUCUUCUUCUCUAAAGGGAGGUGGGCCUGAGACUCGACAGUGGCGCUGCCCGAGUGACCUGACCGCUGGGCUGGGCCCUGGACGGCUGAUCCCAGGUUCCUGCACUUGUCGCCACCCUUCGGUAGUCCACAGGCCUGAUGGCGGCGGCUGAGCCGAUGGGCCCGGCACAGGUUCCCAUGAACUCAGAAGUAAUUAUGGACCCUAUACAGGUGAGGGGAGAAGUCCAUGCUCUCACCGAUCCCACCCCCACCCAACACGCUGUCCAGCAUUGUGGUGUUAUAUAGAACUCUCUCCUGCUACUCUCCAGUUUCUUGGGUCUGAGGACUCUGGAGAAGCCCCAAGCCCAGGGUCCUGACUCUGGGCCAGGGGUUUUAUGGAGGGGUUUCCAUUUCUGCCAACCAUUGGAAUAAGGUUGGAACGUUGUUCCAGGCACAGGAACCAGCCUGUGCAAAUACUUGGAGGGGCAGGUGAACUUUGAGGACGUGUUCGUGUACUUCUCCCAGGAGGAGUGGGUGCUCCUUGAUGAGGCUCAGAGGCUCCUGUACCGUGAUGUGAUGCUGGAGAACUUUGCACUUAUGGCCUCUCUGGGUUACCCAGACCAGUGCUGUUAUAUCUUUCCGUUAGGAUAUACAUCUUUCAUGUCCCACAUAGUUGCCUCACUAGUGAUGGGUAGUGAGCCCUGGAUACCUGACUGGGUGGACAUGACCCUACCUGUUGCCACAGAGACUCCAGGUGGGAGUGGCCCUGGCUGUUGGCAUGGAAUGGAGGAUGAAGAGAUACCUUUUGAGCAGAGCUUUUCUAUAGGAAUGUCACAGAUCAGGAUUCCCAAGGGAGGUCCUUCUACUCAGAAGGCUUACCCCUGUGGGACAUGUGGCCUGGUCUUAAAAGACGUUUUGCACUUGGCUGAGCACCAGGAAACACACCCAGGGCAGAAACCGUACAUGUGUGUGCUGUGUGGGAAACAGUUCUGGUUCAGUGCAAACCUUCACCAGCACCAGAAGCAGCACAGUGGAGAGAAACCCUUUAGAAGGGAUAAGAGCAGGGCCUUUCUUGUGAACAACUGCACUGUCCAAUCAUCAGAGAUGUCUUUUGUGACAGGGGAGGCUUGUAAGGACUUCCUAGCCAGCUCAAGCAUUUUCCAGCACCAUGCCCCUCACAAUGAGUGGAAGCCACACAGCAACACCAAGUGCGAGGAGGCCUCUCACUGUGGAAAAAGGCAUUACAAAUGCAGCGAAUGUGGGAAAACCUUCAGCCGCAAAGACUCACUCGUUCAACACCAGAGAGUCCACACUGGAGAAAGGCCUUAUGAGUGUGGUGAAUGUGGGAAAACCUUUAGCCGCAAACCCAUACUUGCUCAGCACCAGAGAAUCCACACUGGAGAAAUGCCUUAUGAGUGUGGCAUAUGUGGGAAAGUUUUUAAUCACAGUUCUAACCUUAUUGUACAUCAAAGAGUACACACUGGAGCAAGGCCUUACAAGUGCAGUGAAUGUGGGAAAGCCUAUAGCCACAAAUCUACACUUGUUCAGCAUGAGAGUAUCCACACUGGAGACAGGCCGUAUGAGUGCAGUGAAUGUGGAAAAUACUUUGGUCACAAAUACAGACUCAUUAAACAUUGGAGUGUUCAUACUGGAGCAAGGCCUUAUGAGUGCAUUGCAUGUGGGAAGUUCUUUAGCCAAAGCUCUGACCUUAUUGCACAUCAAAGAGUUCAUAAUGGUGAAAAGCCUUAUGUGUGCAGUGAGUGUGGAAAAGCCUUUAGCCACAAACAUGUACUUGUUCAGCAUCAUAGAAUUCACACUGGAGAAAGGCCAUAUAAGUGCAGUGAAUGUGGGAAGGCCUUCAGGCAGAGGGCUUCCCUCAUCCGCCACUGGAAAAUUCACAGUGGAGAAAGGUCUUAGGAUGGGAGAUAGGCCGGGCGCGGUGGCUCAAGCCUGUAAUCCCAGCACUUUGGGAGGCCGAGACGGGCGAAUCACGAGGUCAGGAGAUCGAGACCAUCCUGGCUAACACGGUGAAACCCCGUCUACUAAA